AUGACCGAUGAUACAAGCCAGAGCAGCUGUCCUUCGGAUAUGCGAUCAGGAUCGGGUAGCAAGCAGGGAUCGAGUCUGUCAGGUGCCAAGCAUGGAUCGAAUACUGCGCCGAAGGGUGAUGCGGGACACCAUCGUGGCGAUGAUGGUUUGUGUGAAGUCGUCCAGCAUCGCAGGUACUAUCAGUAUGAUCCGAGGGCGCACUAUCGGAUCGUGUUCAAGGAGGUGUGCACCGCGCUGCAUCAAGAAAUCUCGUUGUGCGCGAUUUUCGAUUAUCUCUCUCAGACGGCUUUAGUGCUGCGAUUUCUGCAUGAAGCCGGUUGGGUUCAUCGAGAUUUGAGCACGGGCAAUAUUCUGGUGUUGAAUGGGAGAGUCAGGUUGGCGGAUUUUGAGUACGCCAAGCGGCUAGAUGAGGCUUGCCCCUCUCAUGAUAUUCGGACAGGCACGGCUGACUUCAUGUCUGUCGAAGUGGAUGGCCAGAAUUAUUUCUUUAAGCUCAGGGAAUCGAAGGACGCCGCGAUAGAGACUGAUGAUCUUUUGGAUACAAUCAAUAAGUUGCACCGAUCCUCUACCGCAACAGGCCCCCGAAUUGAACCAGCAAUAGUGAUCUUCCGGUACAAUCCCCUUCACGAUUUCGAAUCUCUAUGGUGGAUAUCGGUUUAUUUUGUGUUUAACAAGAGGAUCAAGUCUAUCGACGGAGCUCCCCCGCAACCUCACGACUAUCGGCAGCAGAGGUCUUUUGCUACCGGUGUAUUCUACUCGCUGCCCGCCAGACAGAAUGCUUUGAGAGUUCCCGAUACUUUUGACGCCGCAAAGAUGUCCCUUUCCCCUGAUCUGGACAUCUUUGGACGAUGCAUCAGUGUGCUCAGGACGAGGAUCGUAAAUCGAUACUUUGAUAUUGAGAAGGAUUUAUGGAACAUACCUGGCCGCACAGCCGCAGGUAGGGUCCCCUUGGAUUUUAUCAAAAUUCUCAGCGCGAUUGGACGGAUUCCCGUACAAUACCUUAUCGGCCCUCUUCCCGAUCCUGACGAGAAUGCGAUCAAAGAGCCGGCUGAAGCAGCUGUACCGGCAACGGAUUCGAUAACGAAUCCGGCAGACGUUGAACUUCCCAAGCCCACCAGUGGUGGUUCUAAAGCACACGGUACUCGAAGAGGUGGGGUGGAAAAGUAUAGAGGAAAGACGGAACCGAUUCUACACCCGCUGCAGGAACCUCCUAAUGGACAAAAGCGUUUUGGCGCGAGGAAUAUGAGAGUGGAAGGGCUCAAGCAUCCGAUGCGGACCCGAUCUCAAGCCAAACAAUCUGCUGGUGAGGCUCAAAGGCAGUGA